UUCCUCUUCACCGGUGCCUAGCCAUAGAACUGAGCUUGUCAGUGCACUCUGCUCCUCUGGUGCUGCUCUAGGUUCAGCCGGCGUCUUCGUCACGUUGCCGGUCGGCAAAGCUUGCCUAGGCCCCAGCUGUCGCUCACCUUGACCGUCCCCAGUUUCUCCCUUCUCUACACAGCGCCUCUGCUAGCUACGUGCUCCUCUCAGCUACGGCAAGCCAUCAAAGCUCGCUGGUGGCUAGCACUGUAGUCCCGGCUCCCCCACGUCCUAGCCAUCGCCCACUGCCAAAUCAAGUUCGUCGGCCAGUCGCCGGUCCGACCAUGAACCCCUGCAGACUCCUCCAUAUCCACAGCGCGUCAUUGACCUUGCCGUGCGCCGUUGAGCCUUCAUCUCCAUGUCCGACAUCUAGCUCGCGUCCAUGGAUGUCAUGCCGCGCCGCGAGCUCGAUCUGCGCUGCCAUCGCUUCACCGUGCUCACUGGCCAUGCGCCCCUGCAGCUCCCUGUUCGGUAAAAUGAGUGGACUCGUGCUCGUCGUGUGUUGGGAAGAUCGACACUGCGAUGCUGAUUGUUUGAUUUUGGGGAGAACGACACACACAUGGUGUUCAGUGAAUAGUUCAAACCAGAUAGCCUCAUCGAAAUCACGACUCCGAGUCGAUUCAGACAUGGCGACGAAGAAGAAGCAAGGAUCCCUACAGACUUCGAUGACUGUGUUAGCCGCCAAGAUCUUGAGGCAAACAACAAGCUCCUGAAGGAGCAAAUGGAGGAGACGGUCCACAAGUCAGUGCAUGAUGCCUUCAUUGACAUGAACCAUGGCAAGACUUACGAGAGGCUGGAUCGACGAUUGUCCCAGAUCAUCGACAGGCUUGCUGUGUUGGAGACGCAACAACAAGCACCGCCACCGCCACCACCACCUCCUCGUCCACGUCUUCCCGAUGAUGGGUGUUUGAUGAAGAAGGUAAUUAUGAUGAAGCGGCCACUAGAGAUUUGCACCUACAUUGCCAUCUUCAUCAAAACAUAGAAGGUAUGCCACACUGCCAGCAAGGUAAUAACAAUCGUGCUCCUGACGACCCUUAUGCUAAGAUUAAAUUUUCUAUACCAUCUUUUCGGGUCAUUAUGAUGCUGAGGGAUAUCUUGAUUGGGAGAUGACGAUAGAACAGAAAUUUGCUGCCCACCUUGUACCUGAACGACAUCAAGUUAGACAAGCCACUAGUGAAUUUAAAGUUUUUGCUAGUGUCUGGUGGACUGGUCUAGUUGGGGAUGGUAGAGCACCUACGACUUGGGAAGAUCUUAAGGUAGCUAUGCGCGAUAGAUUUGUUCCCCCAUCUUAUCAUAGACAAUUGCGUAAGAAAUUGAUGCGUUUAGAGCAAGGGGAUAAAUCUGUUCAAGAUUAUUAUGCUGAGCUUCAGAAGGGAUUGCAGCAUUGUGGGACAGUAGAGGGACAUGAGGACGCUCUUUGUCGUUUUUAUUUAGGUUUGCGGCGUGACAUUCAGGACAUUAUGGAUUACAAAGAAUUUAACACUGUCAACAAGUUGUUCCAGUUUGCUAUGCUUGCAGAGACGGAAUUGCAGGGACGCCAACAUCGACCUAGGGCUACUUUUGGCGCCUCCUCUACAUCACGGACGCACACACCUGCCUCGAGUCAUACACCUUCGACCACUCCAGCGUCCACGCGACCUCCCUCGACACCUGCUGCACAUGUUGGUAACCUUCCUUUGCAGGUACCCACCAAGAAACAUAAUUCACUAGCACCUGCAGCAACUUCCAGUGGUCGUUCUUCGGGUAUUGUUUGCCACCGCUGUCAUGGGAUUGGUCACGUGAAGAAGGAUUGCCCGAGUCAGCGAACAUACAUUGCUACGGAUGAUGGCUACAUUAGUACUUCCGACGCUGAGGGUGACGAUGAUGACUCCAGUGAUGUUGCUGCCAAUGAUGAUGCCAUGCUUGGUGCUGAUGCUAUAGUGAACCUUCGAAGCAUCAUGGUGCAGCGUGUUCUUAGUUCUCAGCCUGAAUCAUCAAAGAAGCAGCAACACCAUAAUUUGUUCCAGACUUUCUUCACCAUCGAGAAUCGGCGUGCACAUGUUAUUAUUGAUGGUGGAAGCUGCAAUAAUUUGGUGAGUUCAGAUUUGGUCAAGAAGCUUGGCCUGACCACACGUCCACGGCCACAUCCAUACUACAUUCAGUGGAUCAAUGAUUCAGGCAAGGUUAAGGUAACACACAUGGUACGAGUGCAUUUCUCCAUUGGUAUGUAUUCUGAUUAUGCGGAUUGCGAUGUAGUACCUAUGGAAGCUUGUUCUCUUUUGUUGGGUAGACCUUGGGAAUAUGAUACUGAUGCACGUCACCAUGGUAGGAGUAAUACUUAGAUGUAUCUGAGGCAUAGCACAACAGGUUGGAACAAAGAACAAUGGAACUAGCAGAAUGGCAGUACCGUAAAUAUUGUACUAGCGAGGCCA